AUGGACGCGCCAACCAGCUUUCUCCCACCUUUAAAGCGACUAGACGAAUGUCACGCUCCUCAAAUACAUCAAAUUCUCACUCGCCUGGUUACCAUAUACCUCCCCAAAGUACGUGGUACUGCUCUCAUCGACGAGGACCUGGAAUCACUCCAAGCUGAUGAUUUCGAACGCUCAUUGCCAUCCGCUGGCUUACUGGCUUCAUCGCUCGUGGCGAAGAAUGACGAUCUUAACAGCGGGGCCCCAACCGCAAAUUCUGAUUCGUCAAUUGGCAGAUUUCAAACCGAGUUCCUGGAUGAUACCUAUCUUGCACGAACAACGGCCUAUGAUCGGGCGGCGGCUCUGCUUGGAGCAUGUGCUGGUAGCUCUGCAUCUGGUGCUAUUUCCCGGGAGUUCAAAUUUGCCCCUUCAUCGGCCUCGUCUGAGGGCCAUUUCAUUUCGGAAAACGAAGGCUCUGAAUCGAACUUACCUCCUAUAACGAUAUCACUCCAAGACGAAUCCAUUUCAACUGGAGCAAGGGUACUAGAACUCGGAGCGGGAACUGGGUUACUCUCUCUGCUGGUUGGAAAGCUGGUAGAACGUGCCCACUCGACGGCCAGCAUUGAUAGCUCGAACUUCACUAUUGUCGCAACCGAUUACCAUCCUGCGGUUCUGGAAAACCUUCGUGCUAACCCCUUGGAUUGGUCUCUAUACCUAAACGGGAAACCCACCACUGAUCUCUCGCGCGCGCCAAGUACAGUGCCCACACCUGCGAUAGGCACACCAGUGGGUGGGGUUGAGCGAAAUGACAUUAAUGACAAGCCUUUGCCCUCAUUGCGUUCGGUUAUAUCACCUGAUACCCAGACAGCUUUAGCACCUGAGGCAACAGUGUUUCCUCCAAUUCAGACUCCUUUUACACCCUCGUUUUCGGUGGCAUCUUCUACAUCUACCCCAACAACUUCUCAUUCACCUCAAACACCUCAAACACCCCGUACAACACGUUCCCCACCUCCGAAUUUGGCCCGAGCUGUUUUUUCGCGAUUGAUUGCCCGCGGGCUCAAGUUUGAGAUGCCGGCCGGAGCGUCCGGGCUCGAUCAAAAUUCCGAGCUAUCGAAAAAACCAGAGGUAGACUCGCCAAAUAGCGAGGAGGAUUUCCCUACCCAAAGUCUUGACCUAAUCCCAAAUGGCGCCAGUUUUGAUUCUUUUGAUUCUUCUACAGACUUUGAUAACCGCAUAGCUGCACUCGACCAGACGAUCGAGACCGAAGAGUUUCUCCCUGCCCAAAUCUCGAAUCCCUCGCUUCUUUUAGACGCCUCGAGAUCCGAGCUCCUUUGUCCAACUCUUUUGGGCCUAACGACCCAGGGCACUUCGAAGAUAGACUCUACCAGGACGAAUAUCCUUCCUCCGUGCCUUGACGAAACAGGAUCACUCCUUUGCUCGGAUAAUAGGGACGCCACAUUCAAUCCCAACGGAGAUCCUCAUCCGACUUCCUCACAUGCUCUGGGUUUUGAGCAGUCUGCCUCAAUUGGUGACGUUCGAGGAUCAACGUCCCUGGAAGCACCCAAAAAGGCUGAGUGCCUGAGAAUUGACAGCUUGGAUGUACACGAUACCGUCGGCAGUGAGAUAUCUCCAUUCAAACCAUUCAAGCAUGCCGACGGCCUCAGAUGUGAUUUGUCUUCGGGGCAUGUGCCACAGAUAGUUAGCGCAAAUUGUACCUCGAUCCCCUCAUUCGGCAAACUACCAGGGAACAAUUCAAUUGAUUAUGAUCCGAAAGUGGACAUAGUCGGAAAAUCCCACUCGAAACCUGCUCUUGGAAGUGAAGACAGUGAUGAUCUGGCAAGCCCUUCCCUUAAUGACAUUGAGGCCUUAUAG